CAUAAUUAAAAUUACGUAAAUUCGUGAAAAAAGUUUUUCAUAAAAUAAGGUCGCAUAGCCUAAGCAUGUCGAAGAAAUGAAACCUAUAUGAUUAAAAAAAAAACUGUCAGUGAAUACACAAUAUCCAUUAAGAUCGGGCUCAAUAAAGUAAAUUUUGUGAGUGAAAAUUUAUAAAAAUGUUCAAUUGCGCACCUAUGUUCAUGUUAUGUCCUAGUAUAAAAUUAUUUUGUUUCUUGUUACCGUGUGCUGCAUUUUUGGGUAUGCUAGGAAUGUAUAUAGGGAAUUUCUUUUCGUAUUACCAUCAACUUGUUUACACCAAAAUGAAUUCAUUAGUUGGUGCUUCAAAUUUAUAAAACCAACCACCAAACCAAAUUAAAAAAUUGCAAAAAUCUUCUUUCCGACCCCACUAAAUUGAUUUGACUAUGGGAGCAUCGAUGCCAAUGGUUACCAAGGCGACAGUAUAUUUUAUAAACAACACGAAGCCAGACAUCAUCGAACAGUUUUCAAAGAUGAUGACUGAUGAAGAAAAAUCGAAAAUAGCGAAACUACUACAUGAUGUCGCUGUCAAAGAAAAUCAAUUACCUGAACGUUGUUCUGGUCUUGUAAAAGAUAUUCGGGAAAAGUUCGGUAAAGAUUCUAAUGAAGACGAGGACAAAGUCGAAUCCGUUGACGAAACGUAUGAAAAUCCAUACAUAGUUGAUAAAUCACAACUUGAAGAAAUAGAAAGGAAACUGGAACCAUUGAUGUCAAAAAAUAAAAGAAAUAGUGUAGCGUCUCCUAAUCUAAUAGGCCACGAGUCAGAUCCUAAGCGGCCAUGGCGAACCAACUCCAAUAAAGAAAAACUGCUCCGGAUCGACAACGAGCUAAAACGACACUUGGACAAAGCUACAGACCUGAUCGCCCCUUUGUCGGAUGGAGAAAUGAGUGAUAUAAUAAAACAAAGUCGAGAAGAAUCUAUUACGACACGCCCUGUCGAGUAUGUCCGACUGGUAGAUACUGUAGAGGAAGCAAAGAAAACUUUAUUUAAUUUUCAGUACAGAGCUGUUUGCAAUAGUACUGCGACGGCGAUAUUACGAGAGGCGCACGCACCAGUUGAUCAAAACGAACCUCAUAAAAUCUAGCUAAUCCUGUUCGGAUUGCAGUACAAAUGUGUUAAAUAAAAAUAUUACUUGUUUACUCUUAAUGAGCAAUAAAUUUGUAUGAACAUUUCAUUAAAA